GUCUCUCCAACCUUUGUUGGGCCCUGGGAUGUGCCAAAGUUGCUGACCGGGCUCUUUUCACGGAAGUGGGGAAUACAGUGCAGCUUGGAGGCCGCGCGGCCUACUCUGCGCAACAGAUGGCUAACAUCUGCUGGUCGUUCGCCACCCAGGCCUUCCUCCACCGCCCACUCUUUCAAGAGGCGGCGAGCUUCGCCCACGCGAGCCCGGAGAGCUUCCGGUCGGAGGAGCUCUCGGCCCUUGUUUGGUCCAUGGCGACGCUGGCUUUGCCUUGGGAAGGGCUGGCAAAGGUUGUGCAGAAGGCCCUGCCCAGCGUGUCGGCCAGGGAGGGUGCGAACCUUGCCUGGGCUUGUGCAGUUCUCGGAGAGCACCGCGAGGAUGUGCUCCGGAAGACGGCCAACCUGCUGCAGGCCGACGGCGAGUCGGCGCAGGAACUGCAUCUGGGGCAGUGGUAUCUGGCCUACCUGGCCUACACUCUAGAGACCCCACCGGGUGAAGGCCACUCCUUCUCAGCGGUAUGGCUCGAGCGCUGCCGGGUUGCGGCUCAGCGGAGGGCAACGACACAAGGGGCAGCGUCAUCCCGGUUGCACAGCUCUGUCUCGGAAGAGGUGCGACGGUGUCUCCGGUCUGAGCCUGUUGUGGAUGAGUUAGUCGUCGAGCAGUGUCUGGCCGUGGACAUCGCCCUUCCCAGCCGGCGACUAGCCGUGGAG